GGUCCGAUGAACCAAGCUGCGAAGUCUGGGCAAUGCAAGGGUCAGACGGACUUCCGACACUCUGUGAAACUUCGUUCGCCUUCAAUCCCAAACACUGGCAAUGACGUCUACGAACGCGAGUCUCAUGCGGCGCAGUUUGCAAUGACCGUGUAACAGCCAUGUAGGUACCUCUUUUCAACCAUCCACCCUCCAUGUCUACACAUCUAUUCUCGACAGGAGUAUCCAGAUAUCUCUAUGCCUCUCGGUAAGCUCCUAGAGAUAUUCUUCUACCUUCUCAUCACAGGAAACCAUGUAUUACCGUCUUCUAUCCUGCCUCCUCUUGAGCGCUGCUCCCGCUCUGGCCAUUCCACCGCCUGACUUUGGCUUCCCCGAAGCACCAAACCAUACCGAGCUUUCCAUUACCUAUCAAGAUGGAGGGAAAUCAGUCGUGGUUACAGAAGCGGAGCUCUUUGGUGUAGGCAUCGCUGCCAACGAGCCCACCGUUGCCCUCGAGACUGCCAAAUACGAGUCGCUUGCAGGCUACAAUGGCUCCUACGUCCUCUUCAUGGUCGAUCCAGAUGCGAGAUACCCCUCGAACCCCAACCUCCGGUUCCUCCUGCACUGGUUACAGACUGAUAUGACGGCUGCGCCCAUGUCAUCCGAGGGCACAAGCCGUCUCAUGAAUACCACGACCCCACGAGUUCCUUACAUCGGGCCUGCUCCUCCUACUAAUUCCUCCGCCCAUCGUUACCUCAUCUACGCUUUCUUCCAACACGAAAACUUCUCCUUCCCAUCUAGCUUUGAGGGAAUCGGUGCUACGAACCGAACGAACUUCAAUGUCACAAGAUUUCUGGAAGAAACAAACUUGGGUCAGAGUCCGGCAGCGGCUAUGUACUACUAUGCCAGCAAUGAAACCCAGGUACCGCAAGACUUCACUGCCGCAGGAGGUGGGACAUACCCCGGUGGGAAUGGAGAUAUGAUUACUUCUGGCCCUGGUCCCAGUAUAAUGCCUUCCUCGACCGCUGCGAGUGUUCCGGCUUCUCGGACCGAGUCAAAUGAGGCUUCAACGACAUUAAGCGGCACCGCCAGCUCAACCGCAGCAGGUUCGGCGGCGUCUGCAACAAACACAGGUGCAGCUGGGAAAAUGGGUAUUGAGUCGGGGGCGUUGUUCGGUGGAAUGAUGGCUUUUCUGAAUUUGAUGUGAUUCGAAGAAAGAUUUUGAGCUGAUGGUGGUCAGUCUCAGAGCACGCAUAUAUUUAUAUUGUUAUAGGUCAAGGUGGAAUUAUUGGUGGACUGUAGGAUUGUCCCACCAUCUGUACGGAGUCGGCACGAGAUAUUUACGAAUGAUCCCAGAAGCUGUGUACCCC